AUGCAACCUACUGACCUCGAGGUAAUCAAAGUGAAAGCAAGAAACCUAAUCAUCGAGGGGGGAAAGGGAUACAUACACUUUAACUUUCUUGUGAAAAUGCAAGGUGACCCAUCUAGUUUGUUCUUUGCGGAGGUGCAUCCGGAUUGUAGAGAGGAGGAGGAUAUGUAUCUUUGCACCCCUUUGGAAGCUAAUGACUCGGGUAACUGUUAUGGGUGCAAGGACCGUGCAAAAGAGCUUUUGCAUCCCACUACCGGUGGCUACUUGGGUGGGCACAAAGAUGUUGUUUUCCCCUUCAUUUACGAAAGUGAUGAAGAAAGUGAAGAUGAGGCCUGA